AUGAGUCUAGUUUCAGGUUUAUGGCAUGAAGGAGCAAGGAAAAUAACCGUGGCAGGUUUGCCACCAAUUGGGUGUUUACCAAUUGUUAUAACUGUAUUCUCGAGCGAUGCUUUGACCAACCGUCGGUGCAUUGACCGUUUCUCCACCGUGGCCACAAACUAUAAUUUCUACUUACAAAAAGAAUUGGACCUCAUGCAAAUGAGCUUGGCCCAUCUUGGAUCCAAGAUCUUUUACCUUGACGUCUAUAAUCCACUUUAUGAGAUCAUUCAUGACCAUCGAAAAUUUGGGUUUGAAGAAGUGAGCAGUGGAUGUUGUGGAAGUGGAUACUUAGAAGCAUCGAUUUUGUGCAAUCCAAAGUCAUAUGUGUGUCCUAAUACAUCUGCGUAUGUCUUUUUUGAUUCUAUCCAUCCAAGUGAGAAGACUUACUUCAUUAUCUUUAAGUCUCUCCAACCAACUAUUGAUUACAUUCUUAGUUGCUUCUGAGCAUUUUAUGAGUUAAUUUAUUAUCACUAUUAGCUAAUUGAUAGUUUCAUUUUAAUAUAUAUAUAUAUAUAUUAUUCUUCCAUGAUUAAUGAUAAAGAAAUAUAAUGAUAUUUCAAA